UUAUCAGCAUCAGUCGUUCGGCAGAUGCUCGAGGGAGAGGAUGUCUGUGUUCUUGAUAGCUCUGUUCGCGUGUCUGCUUUUCCACCAGGACUUAGCCUACCUCCUGGAUAGGACAUGCGAAGGACAUGUAGAGCUCGGCCCAAAAAUUACCGCUGGGAUAGACGCUCGGUAUUACGACACCGCAUGGAUGGCCAGCUUAUACGAUGGUAAAAGGGAAUUCGUAGGCGGUGGAAGUCUUAUCUCUAAGCGCUUCGUUCUAACAGCUGCCCACAGCGGAGCCAAAAACCCACAGUAAUUAUAUAAUAUAUACUAUAUAUACAUAUAAUUGAUGAU